AUGCCAACUAUCUUGUUGCCUUCUUCGGCAGCUGCUUUUGCGCCACGCUCCCCGCCAAACGUGGUCUUGAAUACUAGGAUCGAACCAUGGCUCACCGCAACCUUGAAGCGAGUUAACCGGGUAAAGCGACCCUUGAACAAUGUGACCCAACAUACAAGAUGCCUCACAGAGACGCUAUCAUCACCAAACGCCAUCUGGACCCUCUGCUCGAUGAUGUUCCCCAAGGCUCCGGAGUCGGAGCUCAGGAAGGAUGAGAAUCCUUUGGUGGAAGCCCUCUUCAAUUACCAGAUGAUUCAUAUGGAAGCAUACGUGGUGCAUGUUGACAUGGUCUCUCAGAAUGAGAUCGCCUUUAAACUAACUCCCGAGACGAUCGAGGCCCUGGUGGAGUACCAUAAGGACAUUUACUCCGUUGACACCGCCGCUAGUACCUGGGACUGGGCGGAGAAGGACAACCAGCUCAAGAAGUUGCAAGAGGAGUUUGUCCAGGCAGCCAAUAAGUUUGUAUACCGGACCAGCGCCCAAGCCCUGGAAGGCUUGGAGGAAGAUGGUGCCGGGGAACUGCUUGGCGGGAGAAGUGAUGAUGCAAAGUCGGCGAUCUCCGCCCUUUUCGUCCCUUUACUUCCGCCGCCACCUCGUGUGGUGGAUGUCCUCCGGUCGACGCCUCUACUUCCUAGCUCUACCGCGCCCGAAACAUGGUGGCAAGAACCGAUGCAACACCCGGUAUCGAUGGAUUCUUGGAAAGUCCUCCCAUCAAGCCCAGCACCAACCAGCACCGCCGACAACAACCCAAACAUGUGGGCGGGUUUGCACGCCCUGCCCGAAAUGCAACUGGCUUCCUCAACCCCGACCUACACUCAAACCUAUACCACCUCGCCGUACAACACCAUACAGUACUAUAGCGCAGCGGCGACUUCGGCAGCCCUGGCAGCUCUUCCACUUCCGAGUAUGCUGGUGCAACCUUGCAGCACCGCGGCGAAUAUGGCAGGAUUUGGGUGGGGGGAUCGAUACCAAGAUUUCGCGCUGUCAUACGGUACAACGAUGUAA